GGCGGCGGCGGCGGCGGCGGGGCGUGCCCGGGCUCGUCCGGGACCAUGGGCGCCUUCCUCCCGCUGCUGCCGCCGCUGCUGCUGCUGCUGCCGCCGCUGCCCGGGGCCGCCGGCGGCGCGGCGGUGUGCGGGCGCUGCCCGGGGCCGCUGCGGAACGGUUCCAUCGUAGCCCGGUACUGCGAGUCCCAGGCCGGCACCGAGAGCGAGGGACGCUGCUGCCGGGAACGGGGAGCCCACCCGGAGCGUCUGCUCGGGCUCGACCUCAGCAACUGCUCCCUGCGCAGCCUCCCCCCAGGGCUGGCUGAGGCCGCGGCCGCCAUCGUCCUAGACCUGACAGAGAACCCCCUGACGCCUCUUCCCAAUGGCUCCUUCCUGGGCUUCACCUACCUGCAGCGCCUCGCGGUGCCGCUGGCACUGGAGUGCCCAGGCGGGAGCAGCGCCUGGGAGGAGGUGACGACACACGGGAGCAGCAGGCUCUGCCAGGGCCAGAGGAACCUCUGCAACAGCUCCGUGGAGCUCGCCUGGCUGUGCCCUGAGAACGCUGCCUGUGCCCCGGAUGGCCCUGGCCUCGUCCAGUGCCUCUGCAACAGCCCCUUCCAUGGCUACAAGUGCCUGCGGGAGGGCACUUUCCCUGUGCUGCUUUUCUGUGGGAUCCUGGGAGCCGUCACCCUAUCCCUGUCCCUCCUGCUGUGGGGCACCCAGCGCCGGAAAGCCAAGACCCCCUGAGCGGGGAGGGGGUGCCUGCACCAGCGCCUCUGCUGAGGCCAGGGUCAGGGGGCUCUGGGUGCUGGGGGCUCUGUGUCCCGGGGGGCUCUGUGCCCUGGGGUCUGGCUCGCCAUGUGUGGGCUGGGGAUGAAUAAAACCCGCAGCAUCCUC